CACUUCUAUCUAUCGUGUUUACUUAUGGCGAUAUCGAUCAAGUUGAAAGUGAUAUGAGCAUCUAAGUAUAUCUAAGUAUUUAUGUCUGGCAGGUUCUUGGGUUAACUUUCUUUAUCAUUGCAGUAUCGUCACAUCUCUGAAGGCAAUGUCAGUACUUAGUGACACAGUGUAGUGUUGUGACUCUGAUACAGGUGUUGAUGUCUUGUUGCUUUUGAUACAUCUUAGUGUAUUCUCAUCUAAUCAAACAUCUAGAUCUAGAUUUAUUCUAAGGAAUACUACAUGCUACUUAGACAUUUGAUAAAGCUUGUCUAUUCCGCCGGGUGUAGGUUCUGUCUAGUGUGUAGUAUCUCAUUGAUCAGUUUGGACUAUUGUCUGCUAGAGUCACGGAUGUAUUGUUUUACACUAGAAAUGUUUCAGAAGAUCUGCCCCUACUCUCCUCAUCUGACUUGUUGCCGCACGAGCAGUUCCAGGCCAGUGCCUCGACAGAUCUGUUUGGUGGAUCAACUCAAGCAUUACCGUCUCACUUUGUCCUGCAUACAUUGAUCUGAGAAUCUCUCAUGUUUCUGGUCUAGAAUCAACUUGUUUGAACCUCUGUCUGUACAGGAAGACCCAGACACGUAGCUGGCAGUCGGUACUUUUUAUUCAGUCAUGUCAGUCAUGUCUUUUGUUUUAGAGAUAGCCAGGCCAGACUCCUCCAGCCCUCUAAUUGGAGUUGCUUACAACCCUCGAUCAGAGUCGAUCGUUUUGUUGUUUCAGCAAUAGUGUGUGGGACUGAUUCUGUCUCGUGGAAUGUACACGUGCAGUCUGCCUCAUGAGUCAUGGACACCCUGCUCUGAUGGAGUGGUCUAGCCAUUUCAAUGACUUACAAGGACACCUCUCGCUUCUAUCACCAUGGUGCCCUCGCCUGCACUAGACCUUUACGUCACGGUAUCAGAGUAUCGGAAGUAUCCGCUGCACAAGUUUAACACGUUCUAGAAAAAAAGAUACGACGUCUUGAUCUGUCUCGCGCUUUCUUCCAUCAGAUUUCGAAACUAAGUGCCUAAGAACAACUAUGUUAUGAAAAUGCCUGACCAGCGUCCCUUCACAUCGACAAUGGCCACGUUGAGCAGACCACUGUACAAAAUAGUGUGGGUUUAUUUGUUCCUCCUGAUGAGAAGCCACGUGUCUGGUCAGCUGGAAAGUAAGUUAACGUACACAGUGGACGAGGAGUCCGGGGUCAACGUGUUCAUCGGAAACACCGGAAGAGACAGCGGCUUGCUCGAUAAAUACACAAAUGAAUUUAAAAAUUUGUUGUUCCGCCCAUUUGAGAAAGGAAAUGAGAAUGUGAAGUUUUUCUCGGUUGACCAGGACACCGGGGUCAUUCGCACUGCACUGAACAUUGACCGGGAGGCGAUAUGCCAGAAAAGCAUGACCUGUUUGAUAGGAGUUGACAUUGGCGUGUUCAACAAGUCGUCCAAUAACAAUCUGCUUGCCCUCGUGCAAGUCUCGGUGCUGAUAAAUGACAUCAAUGACAACAGUCCGACUUUCCCCGCCAAAGUUGUUGACUUGAAGGUGGCCGAGAACAACGAGGUGGAUAAAACUCUGUACACGAGUGUGGCCAGUGACAGUGACGCAGAAGGCGACAACUCUCGCAUUACUUAUAAGUUUGAGACCCCCAGUGACAUGUUUGAACUAAGCACCGUGAGAACCAUUGAUGGACUGGAAGAUUUGGUCAUCACUAUUAAAAAAAGACUUGACCGUGAGAUAAAGAGUUUAUACAGUCUUACGGUAGUGGCCACAGACCUUGGUAGGCCAUCCAGAAACGGUACUGUUUUGAUUAAUAUCGUGGUCACAGAUGUCAACGACAACGCCCCUGUGUUUGGUCAGUCUAGUUAUGCCGUCAACAUUCUAGAAAAUUACGACCGAAAUUUGCCGGUGGUCAUCGUCUCGGCUUCAGACCAAGACGAAGGAGAGAACGGAAGGUUGACCUACAGCUUAGGCAGCCAGGUAUCCGCUGAAAUACAGAACACCUUCGUGGUCGAAGCCAACUCAGGAAAAGUCUUUGCCAGGCAGCAGCUGGACUAUGAAACCAGGUCAAAGUACCAGUUCUUUGUGUCCGUCGCGGACAACGGCAGUCCGCCUAAAUUCAGCAUAGCCGAGGUGACGGUGAACGUAUUGGACGUCAAUGACAACUCUCCAGUGAUAUCCGUAAACAUUGGACCAGGAGGGGACACCAUUGAGGAGGAAGGCUCUGAGGGCAAGUAUGUUGGUAUCGUCACCGUGAAAGACGCCGAUGUCUGCUCGCAGGGAAAAAUCAGUUGCGAAAUCGAGGACUCCCACUUCAGCUUGAGCUCCAUAAACCCGGACAUGGGAUUGUACCAGAUCAAAUUGAGCAGGAAGCUUGACCGUGAGCAGUCUUCAAAGGUCAAUGUGGUAGUGGUCUGCCAAGACGGAGAUGACCUCAUGCCGCUCACCUCUUCUGCAACUAUCACCGUCACGGUCCUGGAUAUCAACGACAACUCGCCAGUUUUCCGUGACAGCUCGCUGUACGGCUCGGUGAUGGAAAACGAAGAUGCACACACCUCAGUUAUGCAAGUGGAGGCUGCGGACAUAGACGAGGGGGAAAACUGCAGAGUGACCUACUCCCUGACUGGUGGCGAAAAUCCCUCCAUGUUUUCCAUAGACCCCAACUCUGGCGUCAUUUCAACGCUCCAGUCGCUCGAUAGAGAAGUUAAACAAGAGUAUCGCCUUGAGGUUACAGCCACGGACAAUGGUCAGCCUGUUCUCUCUCGUACCGCUUCAGUGACCAUCAAAGUACUAGAUGAGAAUGAUAAUCCUCCUAAAUUUAAAAAGCAAGCCUACUUCAACUCCAUUUUAGAAAACCUUCCUCCUGGCUCUCCAGCUGGAGACGUGCCUGCCUACGACCCCGACUCAUCAGAAAAUGGACGUUUUCUUUUCACAAUCUUAAACGGGGCAGGCUCGGAGGAUGGUAUAUUCUUUAGCAUUGACCCAGACACUGGACUCAUCAAAUCUGAAAAAAAGUUCGACAGAGAGUCUAAGAAGACCUAUACGUUUCGUGUCCGUGUAGCUGACCCCAGAAUUCCAAAUUUUAAUGACGUGGCCAAUGUCACCAUUACGGUGGUCGACGACAAUGACCACGCCCCUGUGGUCAUACAACCGCCACCGGAAUCACGAAAUUUCUAUUGUGCUUUCAAUCUGACUGUUGGUUUUGUUAUCACUACUAUUAUCUCGUCUGACGAGGAUGACCCGAAGCUUGUAGAAAUCUCCUACGAUAUUAUUGAGCAACUAACCAAGAAACAAAGCGUACCGCUUUUCUCGAUUGACCAAUACACGGGGAAACUAAGAGUAGCCAGACAGAUUACUCCGGACGAUGUUGGUACUCACCUCCUGGUCAUCUUAGUUAAAGAUGGUGCAGACACAAAGGCGAAAAACUCCACCGUGAACUUGACCAUCAUAGUGGAGCCCGGUAGCGAGGAGGCCAUGAGGGCCUUUAAUGUGGACAACUCCAAAACGAACAACAUGAUCAUUGUUAUCAUCAUCGUGGCUGCGACCAUUGUUGUCGCCAUUAUCAUCGUCGCCAUUAUCUGUCUUCUCAGGCGUAACGACAAGAAGCGGGGACCUCCCCCAUCCAACCAGAACUCUGCUGAAGCCAACAACAAAAUGUACCAGGCCGCCAAAUGGGUCAGCUCAGUGUCCAUUCACAACGACCUGGCUCCCGACGAAAUGAAGAAUACGUUGGAAGUGCCCGGGGAAAAGAAGAAAAAGAAAGAGGUCAGUUUUUCCUUGGACGAUGAGGUGGUGGAGCCCCAUGAUACCACGGGCUCAAUAGCCAGCAUGUAUUCAAACACUCAGAAAGUGAUGCCUCGUGAAGAAGGAGUAUCGUAUCAUCCAAAAUCUAAACAUGAAGAGUUUAUAGUCAUGAAUGGCAUAACCCAGCCUGACUACAGUCAACACCUGUAUGACGCCAGGGUGAACAACUCAAACCACACACCUGAGGAGCACCAAUUUAUGGAAGUGAACCGUCAGGCUGAGGACCGCUACAGUGAUGCCUCGUCAGGGGACACAGGAACCAGUGACAGUGGUCGUGGCGGAAGUGAGGAUGAAAGUCAUGGGCACUCCACAUCUUCAGGUGUUGAAGACAUUCGAAAGAUCAAGUUUGUCCCAUCCCCAACAGCCGGGAGCAGCACUGCCAACCAUGUAAGGUUCCAGCAGCCACAGGUAGUUUCAGACAACGAAGAGAUUCCUGGCUCACCGACUCCCAUGUUGUCUGAAGCUGACAGGAUCCAAUCCCACCACUGCUACAUUCGAAGAUCCUUCGAUAAGUUGCCGGCCCAUGGACUGGGAUACCCAUCUGGUACGUCUACUCGCUCAACGCCCUCGCCCACUCAAAACGUCGGCGGUUCUAACUACAACAGCCAACCUCGACACUCCACUGCCCGGCUAGACAAUAGUGACAAUAGCUUCAGAACCAAGACACCAGACGGCCAGCCCCAGGUGUUGCAGACCUUCUCAUCGCCUUAUGCAACAGGGCUACCCACGUCGAGCUCACACCCGGCCUGGAGGAGGGCCAAGGGGCUGGACACCAGCUGGAGAUCCAAUACCUCCAGCCCAGUCCGACACGACGACGAUGACAACACCACUACUUCCGGUAGCUACAUCAUCAACCCAGAUGACCUCAAAGAAGACACUUAUAAUGCAGACAUUAUGGUGUGAAGUGACCCCUGGACUGCUGCACAUCUCGUGAUAGUGUUCUAAGUCUAGCCUUGAAUACGCUCAACUGGACCAUUUCCAUUGCCAAUAAAGUUUCAUCUGGACAACACAGCUAGAAAUGAAGCGUUGCAUUUAUAAGAGAUACCCAGUCUAAUAGCAGGAAUACUUCUCAGCGUUUGAGAUGAUUGAUUUGCACAUAUGGGCAAUAACUCAUUUAUAUUGGAAAACAUACAUUUUUACAGUUAUUCCCCUUUAAAAAGAAAGAACUUGUCCAGAUGCUUUAGUUUAAAGAAAUGAUGUAAAAUGUUACCAUUUAUUCUCUAAUAUGUUUUAGUUUUUUCAACACCAAAAACAAGCCUUUACGUGUAGCCUGACUCACUAUUUUGGGCAUCCUGUACAUAGUAUCAUGUCAUGUGAUUUCAAUCAUGGAUUACAUUGAUAAGAAAAUACAUUGUUCCGACUAGACAUUCAUAGAACACAAUUCUAAUAGUUUUAUUUACAGUAUAAAAAAGUAUGGGGGCUAUUUUUAAUUUUAACUAUAGAUACUACAGUGUAUAGAGGUUUGUUUGUUUUUUCUGUUUGUUUUUUUUUUAUUGUCUACUUUUUGUAUAAACAUAUGUACCUGUUAUACUGGGGAUAUGUAGGUUAUUUCAUUCUUUGGUUGUGCAAUUUGAACUGAAUUAGAAAGGUAACUCAUUGUGUGUGUGUGUUUAAAUAUCUAUAAAUAGAACAAUGGCUUAAUGACAUUGUGCCAAAAUCAAUGCUGCUAUCUGUGAUAUUCACAACUUAUGACACAUUUCAUUGUUAUAUAUCUUCAUGUAAAUCAUCUUCAAUUAAGACAGCUUCAUUAUGUACAUCUUCAUUAUGUACAUCUUCAUUAAGUCCAUCUUCAUUUAGUCCAUCUUCAUUUAGUCUAUCUUCAUUUAGUCUAUCUUCAUUUAGUCCAUCUUCAUUAAGUCCAUCUUCAUUUAGUACAUCUUCAUUUAGUCCAUCUUCAUUAUGUACAUCUUCAUUAUGUACAUCUUCAUUUAGUCCAUCUUCAUUUAGUACAUCUUCAUUUAGUACAUCUUCAUUUAGCCCAUCUUCAUUAUGUACAUCUUCAUUUAGUACAUCUUUAUUAAGUACAUCUUCAUUUAGUACAUCUUCAUUUAGUACAUCUUCAUUUAGUCCAUCUUCAUUUAGUCCAUCUUCAUUUAGUCCAUCUUCAUUUAGUCCAUCUUCAUCUUCAUUUAGUCCAACUUCAUUUAGUACAUCUUUAUUAAGUACAUCUUCAUUUAGUACAUCUUCAAUUAGUCCAUCUUCAUUUAGUACAUCUUCAUCUUCAUUUAGUACAUCUUUAUUUAGUCCAUCUUCAUUUAGUACAUCUUCAUUUAGUCCAUCUUUAUUUAGUCCAUCUUCAUUUAGUGCAUCUUCAUUUAGUCCAUCUUCAUUUAGUACAUCGUCAUUUAGUACAUCUUCAUUUAGUGCAUCUUCAUUUAGUACAUCUUCAUUUAGUACAUCGUCAUUUAGUCCAUCUUCAUUUAGUACAUCUUCAUCUUCAUUUAGUACAUCUUCAUUUAGUACAUCUUCAUUUAGUCCAUCUUUAUUUAGUCCAUCUUCAUUUAGUGCAUCUUCAUUUAGUCCAUCUUCAUUUAGUACAUCUUCAUCUUCAUUUAGUACAUCUUCAUUAAGUUCAUCUUCAUCUUCAUUUAGUCCAUCUUCAUUUAGUCCAUCUUCAUUUAGUACAUCUUCAUUAAGUCCAUCUUCAUCUUCAUUUAGUCCAUCUUCAUUUAGUCCAUCUUCAUCUUCAUUUAGUCCAUCUUCAUUUAGUCCAUCUUCAUCUUCAUUUAGUACCUUUAUUUAGUCCAUCUUCAUUUAGUCCAUCUUCAUUUAGUACAUCUUCAUUUAGUCCAUCUUCAUUUAGUCCAUCUUCAUUUAGUGCAUCUUUAUUUAGUCCAUCUUCAUUUAGUCCAUCUUCAUUUAUGCAUCUUCAUUUAGUCCAUCUUCAUUUAUGCAUCUUUAUUUAGUACAUCUUCAUUUAGUACAUCUUCAUUUAGUCCAUUUUUAUUUAGUACAUCUUCAUUUAGUCCAUCUUCAUUUAGUGCAUCUUCAUUUAGUCCAUCUUCAUUAAGUCCAUCUUCAUCUUCAUUUAGUCCAUCUUCAUUUAGUCCAUCUUCAUUUAGUCCAUCUUCAUUUAGUCCAUCUUCAUUUAGUCCAUCUUUAUUUAGUCCAUCUUCAUUUAGUACAUCUUCAUUAAGUCCAUCUUCAUCUUCAUUUAGUCCAUCUUCAUUUAGUCCAUCUUCAUUUAGUCCAUCUUUAUUUAGUCCAUCUUCAUUUAGUACAUCUUCAUUAAGUCCAUCUUCAUCUUCAUUUAGUCCAUCUUCAUUUAGUCCAUCUUCAUUUAGUACAUCUUCAUUUAGUCCAUCUUCAUUUAGUCCAUCUUCAUUUAGUCCAUCUUUAUUUAGUACAUCUUUAUUUAGUCCAUCUUCAUUUAGUACAUCUUCAUUUAGUCCAUCUUCAUUUAGUCCAUCUUCAUUUAGUCCAUCUUCAUUUAGUCCAUCUUCAUUUAGUACAUCUUCAUUUAGUACAUCUUCAUUUAGUGCAUCUUCAUUUAGUACAUCUUUAUUUAGUACAUUUUCAUGUAUAAAUUGUUGUUGACAAUUUUGAUCUAAUACUUCGUCACUGCCCAUUAACAUUUACUCAAUGUAACACAUGCACAUUGUCCACGUAUAUUUAGCCCUUACUUUUGAAAUGUCUGGGUUGUAUUUUUUUGUCAAUGUUCCCUUGGAGGACCACACACACACAAACAUCUUUUUGUUUUGACGAGUUCCCAGACUAUCACUAUAUUAAGCAGGUCUAGUGGGCCUUUUAUUUUGUUUCUUUAGUAGACUUAAAUUUGAGAGGACUACUUUGAUUCGUCGUUUAUUUUAUUGAAAUAACAGUCAGUUAUUCAGAGUUUUCAUUGCUCUUACAAACAUGAAGUACUCAAGUGAAACAGAAAGUUACAUAGUUCUAAUCUUUCACCAUAGUAAUUAUUUUGGUUUACUAUGAGGUCAAAGAAAGCAUCAAGUCAGUUAUUUUUUAGCAUAAUAAAUCAAUAUUAACUGAAUAACAUUAGGAUGGCUGCCUCAUUGUAUGGUAUACACUGACCUCAUGAAGGUCCUGAGUUUAAACCCUGUCCCAUGAGGUCUGGGCUACAAUAUAAUGCUCUUUAGUUCUGAAAGAAUGUCCAAGAUCUCUAGAGAAAGUAUAGUACCAGUAGAAGUAUAGAAAUAGUAGAACCAAACAGUCCCAGACAUUUGGUGUGUAGAAUAUGAACUAAGCUCUAGAACAAUUUCUUUAUUGCUUUUUUUUUAAAGUUGAAUCAAUAAAAUGGAACAAUUAAUUCCGUGACAUUACUGAGCAAGUAAAAAUGUUCAUUUGAUUUAGUUUCUUGACUGUAACAUUUGUUAGCCUCUAAUGAAGGAUGUACACUUGUGUGAUUACAAGCUAAGUUUCAGGACUCUUGCAGUGUCCACUACAUUCAUAUUUGUUGUACAAGUUUUUAUAACAGCCAGUGCAUCAUACUAAUCAUAAAAUAUGAAUCCAGAAGUCAUUUGGUUUUUAUUGAUUAUUUUUUUAUUUAAUCUCAUCUAAAAUCUAGUCAUCAAUUUGUUUUAUUUCAUUUUUUUAAAAUGUAUUUAAUUUUUAUGCAUACCAAUUACUUGUGUAUUAAGUAAAACUAUUUGAGUUCUGUAUGAUAUCAUUGUGUAUUCAUUGAAGUGAUGAUAACCAAUGGCCUUCAUUGAACAUGAGAUACACUUGAGUUGUGUGGUCCUAGUUUUUAAUUCUGUACCAAAGAGAGUCUGAGACUUAACACAUCCCCACUCUACAGUCAUUCUGAGUUUUCUAGUCUCUGUUGACAGGAAGCAAUGACUUCCAUAGCACUUACAAAUGUUAGUCCUGGGUUUACAUCUUUCUGGAAACAAUUUGUACAUGUUUCCUAUGACAUGCCCUCACUACAAUAGUAUUCUGGUUAUCAUGGCCUAAAAAAAACUAGAUCAAGGUCUUUACUGUUAUUCUGAUCUGAGUAAAUAAAUGUCUAAAUGUUUAUUUGAACCAAAAAAUGUACAUUUUUUGUAUUCAUCUAAAGUUGUAUUUUAUUUCCAGAUGCUUAAGUUUUUAAAAGCAACAGCUUGCUUUCUUGGGAGUGUCCCUCUAUUUGUGUUUAAUCAUCACUUUAAAAACAGAGACAGUGUGUUGAUGACAGUCUGUUGGUACCUAGAGGAUUGAUUUGGUUUGUAACAAAUGUACUCCUUUCUUUUUUCUAAUUCUGACCUACACUAACAGCUGAGAACAAUGUUUGCCUUCAAACAGAAGGGAGACUUCAAUAAUCAUUAACAUUGUUUUUUUUAUUUCACUAUCUAUUUGUUAUUGUAAAAACCAAAGGCCAAACUGAAGUUUUUGAUCUUGUUCUGUCCAACUUGUCACCACAUCAACUGCUCACUAAUUGCAUCCAUGGGUAGUAAACUAUCAUUCCAGCAUUAAAACAUUCAGAGGUCAUGGACAACCAAACAAACUAGUACAAGUACAAAUUGUUAUUGAUUUCUUGUAUUCAUUGAACAUAUUCUGAUUGAUGCAUGCUGUGGUUUUAUUGUUUAAUUGCAUAAAUAAAAAUAUAUUUCAAGAAA